AUGGCAACGGCGCAAGGAAACUCCUACGUCACGCUUGGCGAGCUGUUGGAGGAUAUCGGCGAAUCAUAUAGAGAUACUGUCAUUCUGGAGCGCAUUAAACUAUUAGCGCAGGAACAGCUGCCGGAGGGGUGGACGACUUGGAAGGUGGCACAGCACUCAAAAGAGGAUAUAUUUGGAGAUAGUGUAGACCCGCAGGUUCUCAAUAAAUUGAGAUUUGCUUUGCCUACGGAUUUAUUGGCAAAAGCAUUUGACCCAGAUAUGUCCCACCUUUCGGAAAAGGGUUUCAGGGACAUUAAGGUAAAGCUGCUGGAUUGGGCCUUUACAAGAGUCCUGCUCCUUAGCCCUCCCUCUAUUUGCAAUAAAAUAAGAGGAUCUGCUGCAGCUACCGAACUUUUCAAUAGAGCUGUUGUGUUGCAGAGGCCCAUGUCAAGAACCGAAGCGAACAGGGCACUAUCGUCGGAACGUGACACUUCUCGUCCGUCUCUGACCGUGAACAGAGUAGCGAUCGAAAAAGGUUCCGGAUAG